GUACACCAGCUCAGAAGAAAAACCAGGGGUGGUAGCGGUUUCAAGACAAUCUAGGGGGCGGGAAUUGGCAUAUACGGCGACUAUCGUAACCUUUUUUCCUGCCCCAUGUAGCCUCUGGUUCUUCCCAUCUUCUUUUUUUAUAUAUAUCAUCUUCUCUUUCCUCGCACCUCCAUUUCAAAGUUUUUGCACUUUCUCCCUUCUUCUUGUUUUCUCUUUUCAAAAACACCCACCGCCAAUUUCCCAUCCAUCUCAUGAUAUGAAACUUGAGUUCCUGCUGUUCAUCUUGGUGGGUUUGGUAUCUGUUCUUUGAAUCUAGUGUACUUCUUUUUAUACCAAAAAGAGGCAGCAAUCUUGUAUAUAUCUUAAUAGUGAUAUAUAAAAAACAAGGAGCAGAUUACAGGUACAAAAUAUAUUAUCGAUCGGUAUUUUGUUAAUGACAAUCGAAGCUACGGUGGAGCCAAGGAGAGAACCAACUGCACAUGUAAACAGGCUUGGAUUUGCCAAGAGGCCUACUAAGAGGAAGAGAUCCAAGAAGACUAAAAAGUGUGCACCGACAAUGGCACUGCAGGAUCUGUAUGUGUCGUGUAAAGAAGUGUUUAAAGGUCCUGGAACUGUUCCUUUGCAUCAAGAUGUCAAGAGACUCUGCCACAUGCUUGAUAACAUGAAGCUUGAAGACUUUGGGCUAAGUUGCAAGCUGGAAUUCUUCAAUCCUAAAGCUGCAGUUAGAGGGACUCCAAGAGUCACUUACACAAUUGUUUACGAGUGCGAUAAGUUCUCGAUGUGUGUUUUCUUCCUUCCAGCAACUGCUGUCAUCCCUCUCCAUAACCAUCCAGGAAUGACGGUUUUUAGCAAACUUCUCAUGGGGACAAUGCACGUAAAAUCAUAUGAUUGGGUUGAUCCUCCGGCUACAGAUGAGCCUGACUCACCAGCCCAAGUGCGAUUGGCAAAACUGGAAGCAGACAGUGUGUUUACAGCUCCUUGCCACACUUCGGUAUUGUAUCCAACAACAGGAGGAAAUAUCCAUCAAUUCACCGCCAUUACACCUUGUGCAGUACUCGACGUGCUCGGACCUCCCUAUUCUAACGAGGAUGGUCGAGAUUGCUCAUACUACAAAGAUUUUCCAUACACUGCCUUCCCAAAUGGAGAGAUGGGGUCGGAAGAAGAAGAGGGUGACUGUUACGCGUGGUUGGAGGAGAUCACGGUGCCUGAGAAUUUACAAAUGUUUGUGAUUAAGUAUUUAGGUCCACAGGUUGAUGAUAGUAGUAGCUAGCUGUCUCGUCGAAAAAUGGAAAACCAUACGGUGUGGUGUUUUCUCCUGGACUUCUCUCUCGCCUUACUCUGAAGAAACAGAAACAGAUACAAAAGAAAGAAAGAAAAAGUACCCAAGUCAUAACUAUUUUUUUCUUCUGUUUGUAUCUGUUGAACAACAAUGGUGUGUCUGCAAGCUGAACUUUUCAGUGAUUCUUCUCCAUCGCGGAGAAAUAUACACGCACAAUUACAUCUUGAAUAGGCUGUGUGCAUGCGUGUGUGUUCUCCUAUAUUAAUAUACAAGAUUGUAUAUAUAAGGUAGCUUCACUUCAUGGUUAUCUUCUUAGUUGAUUACUCGCGUUGUUUUACAAUUGAAAUAAAUUUCUGGCGAUGAUUUAAAUUUCGGAGAAAA